ACCUUCGAGCCCUAUACUCUCACCGCGUUGGACCAUCUGUUGAUGCCAACCUAUGUUUGCCUCCUUCCGAUCUUUAGGGUGAAAGAGCCGUCGGCAUGCAUUCCAAUCCUCGAGGCUGGUAUCGCUCGCUUCUUCGCGGAGUUUCCGUUUCUCGCGGGAACCGUCACCAAAGUCUCUGGCCACGCUGACAAGUCCAAUGUGCUGCAAGUUCGCCCACCGACUGAAGCAUUCUUAGAUGAAUACCCCUUCGUGAAGGUGAAACACCACAGCGAACGAAUCUCUCACAUGUCGUGUGUCCGGGGCCUUCAUGAAGACUUGAUUCCGAUUCCAUACGAGACCCCAACCGGAUAUCCCACGCCAGGGCUACGUUUCCAGAUCGGCGUGAUGAAAGAUGGUGUUGUAUUGUGUGUCCAGUGGCACCACAGGCUCAUGGACGGCGUUGGCUGCGCUAUUGCCAUCGAGUGUUUGGCACGAUGCUGUUGCAGCCCGCAAGCCGCUAGAAUCAAGUUCCUAACGAGCCCACGAGAGCAGAAGGCGAUGCGAGAGCAGAUACAGCAGAGUACCCGUUCAGGUGUUAAAAGCCAGUCCCAAGCGCACGUCGGUGCUUAUGGACCCUUCGGGUAUCGAUACCUCCCCAGUCAGAUUUCAGUAAAUUAUGUGUUCAAUCCGAAAAGGGUCGAGACAUUGGAAAGUGUUUGCAAUGACGGCCCCCGAGGGUCGUCGCCGUCGUCGAAUGCUCAUGCUCCCUUGACCAGCGACGACGUGGUUACUACCCUCAUCUGGUUAUGCGCAACGCGAGCGCGCCACAAGGCAUCCGAGUCUGUCAGUUCCGCAGGGCUGCAGACAUCGUCGUUGAUGCGAUACGUGGAAUGUCGCAGGGCCCUCCAACCGCCUCUUCCAUUAACUUACAUGGGAAACGCAAUCGGAACUGGGAUAUCCCACUGCACCAUUGAGGACUGUGGGUUAGGGAACCGCGACAUCAUUUUGGUAAACGGAAGGCCGGAAGUCAGUCCAGAGACCGGGCGCUGUCUCCGUCGCCUGGCAUCCAUGGCAACUGUCACGAAACAAUCGGUUGCCCACGACUUUGUGAGUGGCAUCUUAGCUCGUAUGCAUUCGACCACCGACUGGGAUUCUUGCACCCUAACUCCGGUGGAUGUAUCUGUCUCCAGCCUGAGGAAGCUCCCGCUCUAUGGGCUCGAUUUUGGGCCCACGUUGGGGCGAGUGGUUGAUGUGGAGGUCCUUGAGUCGGUGCUCCAUGGCCAGUGUGCGAUCAAGCCUGCGAAGGGGCGAGGGCCCGAUGUCCCGUGGGAGGUGCGCAUGGCAUUUCCAUCGGAGGUGUUGGCAAGACUGGAGGAAGACGAGCUGUUCCGGUGGGUU